UCAGGCUGUGACACCGAGCUCGGGGGGUGAUAGUGAAGCAGAGCUGCUGGACUGAGGAUGAGAGGAGUGGCAACACUCUCCACCAAACUUCCCCCUUUGCCGCACCAGGUCUCCGCUCCUCCUCGUUAAACUGCGCAACAACGGCAAAAACAGAGGUUUUCAACUUUCUCUCAGAGUUCAAUAACUCAUUUGUUGACAGUAUCCGUGUGGGAAGUUUUUUUGUUUGUUUGUUUUUAUUAAGCGACGACAAAGUUUGGACAUGACAACACUCAGGUGGUAGAGGAGACACUUGGGUGUUUGAGUGAAGCGUCAUGAAGCCACAGCUGCUGUGCGCCGGCGUCUCUCUGUGGUCUCUGCUGGUCUUCAGCGUACUCAAGAGCUCCAAUGCAGUAUGUGCUGAGAGGCAAUGUUACAGCAAUGAAACAGAAUCUUUGACAGCAACAACGACAGAAAUCAUCUUUGUAUCCAGACCAAACUGCGCUCUGUCUAUUGGGGACAGUAUCACUGGAAAUGGCUCGCUAACUGGUCUGAGCCCUGGAACUGUCCACCAAAUCCUCUUAAGCUGUCUGCAGUGCUGUAAAGAGAUCACAAUGAAACCAGGUCAAAUUGAUCAGCCCAAUGUGACAUCAACAACCUCCUCCAUCUCUCUGAACUGGGCUCCGCCUCCUGGUCAGGUGUUUAUGUACAGGUUGGAGUGGCACAGUGGAGGAACACCAGUGGCCAGAAACACAACUGACACCUUUGCUGUGCUGUCAGACCUGAACUCUGGCACUGAAUACACAAUCACAGUCACUGCACUCGCUGCAGAUACUGAGACACAAGGAGACCCUCGCACUGUCACCCAGUUCACAAAACCAGGUCAAAUUGAUCAGCCCAAUGUGACAUCAACAACCUCCUCCAUCUCUCUGAACUGGGCUCCGCCUCCUGGUCAGGUGUUUAUGUACAGGUUGGAGUGGCACAGUGGAGGAACACCAGUGGCCAGAAACACAAUUGACACCUUUGCUGUGCUGUCAGACCUGAACUCUGGCACUGAAUACACAAUCACAGUCACUGCACUCGCUGCAGAUACUGAGACACAAGGAGACCCUCGCACUGUCACCCAGUUCACAAAUCCAAACCCUGUAUCGAGCGUUGAAGCCUUCCCUGAAUCCACCACCUCAGUCAAAGUGAAAUGGUCAUUCCCACUAGGAGCCCAGCAUUAUUACCAAUAUCAGAUUAACACCUACAGCACAACAGGAACACUUCUCAAUUCAACAAACGUCCAGGAUAACAACACUGAUGUACUGCACCUGCAGCCAGGAGUUAAAUAUAAUAUUAGUGUCAAGACAAUAGCAGCGCCAGGAAGCGAAUCUACAGAGAAAUGGACAUACAGUUACACAAUACCUGGAGCAGUGACCAACCUCACAGUGAGUGAUGUGAACACAACAGCAAUCCAGCUGACCUGGAUCAGACCAAGUGACUAUAAGACUUCCUACUCCUACCUGCUGGUGGCGUUCCAGAGUGCCACAGAGAUUCGGAGGAAUCAAACAGAGGGGGAGACAUUUACCUUCAUCCACCUGACCCCUGGAGAACUGUACACAUUUCAUGUGUUUACAGAUGUGGAGGGGGUCAAGUCUACAGGGCUAAACGUGUCAAGAUACACAAUUCCUAACCCACCUGGUCCCAUCGCAGUGGAGUCUCAGACUGUCCGGUCCAUCAACUUCACCUGGCCAAUUCCAGACGACAUGAAUCAUGGUCUUUACAACUUCAGUGUGUCCACCAUUCAGGGCUCCUCUCUGAUUAAAGACAACUGGUUCCUGUUGGACAAUCUUGAGUCUGGAAGCCCCUACAACAUCUCUGUUGUUACUGUAGGUGCAUGGAACGACAAGAGCACUGCAGUGAUGGCAAAGAACUAUACAAGACCAUCUUCUGUAACUAAUCUGAGACAGACAGAUAUCACAACAGAUGCAGUGACCUUGUUGUGGGAGCAGCCGCAUAGCAAACCUCACUACUCAUAUGUGGUGCAGUCUUCCAAUGUCUCCUCCCAUUCCGAAGUAGUAGUUUCAGUCAACACAAGCACAAUAACUGGACUCUUGUCUGGGAGCAACUACAGCUUCACAGUCACUACACAGACAACAGAUGGCACUCAGGCAGCUCCUGUGACAGUCUUCUUCUUUACACGGCCUUAUGGUGUCGAGCAGCUGAGAAUUGAGCGCUUAAACACAACAACCAUCCAUGUGGUUUGGGGAAAACCAGAGCAGUACAAGAGUGAAUAUCAGUAUCGGGUUCAGACGACAGGCUGUGGCUCCCAAAACAAAACUGUCCGAGAAGAAGCUGCCCAGAUCUCAGAGCUCACUCCUGGGACAAACUGCACCCUCUGUGUUUUUGUCAUUGCAGUGAAUGGCAUUGAAGGGGAUGCUAACUGCGUCUUGCAGCAAACUCAUCCUGAGUCAGUACAAACCAGUAUCUCCAGCCAGGGCUCCAACAGUUCAGUCCUGGUGUCAUGGAGCAGACCUGCUGGGAAAGUGGAUUUUUUUAAGGUUUAUCUAAACAGCACUCUUCCAAAUUUAAUGGAGCAACCUCUGAACUCGACCAGUACAUCCUUUGUGUUUGAAGGUCUGUCUGCAGGGACACUUUACACGGCCAGGGUAAUCACACAUAGUGGACCUUUUAAUGUAUCAUCAGGAUUCAUCACCAAUGCAACGUUCCCUAACCCUCCUGGGUCGAUUGAGGUCCUGACAAAGACGACCGGUACCAUUGAACUUAGAUGGGAGGAGGCUCCUCUGAUGACAGGUGCAUCAUUCUCCUACAAACUGACUCACACACCAUCCCAGGGAAAUGGAUCUGUCAGUACCACCAACACCACUCACACUUUCAACUCCCUGAUGUCUGGGACGUCCUACAACAUCUCCAUUGUAACAGUGGGUGUCAUGGAUUUUGAGAGUGAGGAGGUUCACAUCUACAUGGUUACGACAAGGCCUUAUAGUGUCGAGCAGCUGAGAGUUGAGCGCUUAAACACAACAACCAUCCAUGUGGUUUGGAGACAACCAGAGCAGUACAAGAGUGAAUAUCAAUAUCGGGUUCAGACGACAGGCUGUGGCUCCCAAAACAAAACUGUCAGAGAAGAAGCUGCCCAGAUCUCAGAGCUCACUCCUGGGACAAACUGCACCCUCUGUGUUUUUGUCAUUGCAGUGAAUGGCAUUGAAGGGGAUGCUAACUGCGUCUCGCAGCACACUCAUCCUGAGUCAGUACAAACCAGUAUCUCCAGCCUGGGCUCCAACAGUUCAGUCCUGGUGUCAUGGAGCAGACCUGCUGGGAAUGUGGAUUUUUUUAAGGUUUAUCUAAACGGCACUCUUCCGAAUUUAAUGGAGCAACUUCUGAACUCGACCAGUACCUCCUUUCUGUUUGAAGGUCUGUCUGCAGGGACACUUUACACGGCCAGGGUAAUCACACAUAGUGGACCCUUUAAUGUAUCAUCAGGAUUCAUCACCAAUGCAACGUUCCCUAACCCUCCUGGGUCGAUUGAGGUCCUGACAAAGGCGACCAGUACCAUUGAAAUUAGAUGGGAGGAGGCUCCUCUGAUGACAGGUGCAUCAUUCUCCUACAAACUGACUCACACACCAUCCCAGGGAAAUGGAUCUGUCAGUACCACCAACACCACUCACACUUUCAACUCCCUGAUAUCUGGGACGUCCUACAACAUCUCCAUUGUAACAGUGGGUGUCAUGGAUUUUGAGAGUGAGGAGGUUCACAUCUACAUGGUUACGACAAGGCCUUAUAGUGUCGAGCAGCUGAGAGUUGAGCGCUUGAACACAACAACCAUCCAUGUGGUUUGGAGACAACCAGAGCAGUACAAGAGUGAAUAUCAAUAUCGGGUUCAGACGACAGGCUGUGGCUCCCAAAACAAAACUGUCAGAGAAGAAGCUGCCCAGAUCUCAGAGCUCACUCCUGGGACAAACUGCACCCUCUGUGUUUUUGUCAUUGCAGUGAAUGGCAUUGAAGGGGAUGCUAACUGCGUCUCGCAGCACACUCAGCCUGAGUCAGUCCAACCCAGUAUCUCCAGCCAGGGCUCCAACAGUUCAGUCCUCGUGUCAUGGAGCAGACCUGCUGGGAAUGUGGAUUUUUUUAAGGUUUAUCUAAACAGCACUCUUUCGAAUUUAAGGGAGCAACUUCAGAACUCGACCAGUACCUCCUUUCUGUUUGAAGGUCUGUCUGCAGGGACACUUUACACGGCCAGGGUAAUCACACAUAGUGGACCCUUUAAUGUAUCAUCAGGAUUCAUCACCAAUGCAACGUUCCCUAACCCUCCUGGGUCGAUUGAGGUCCUGACAAAGACGACCGGUACCAUUGAAAUUAGAUGGGAGGAGGCUCCUCUGAUGACAGGUACAUCAUUCUUCUACAAACUGACUCACACACCAUCCCAGGGAAAUGGAUCUGUCAGUACCACCGACACCACUCACACUUUCAACUCCCUGAUCUCUGGGACGUCCUACAACAUCUCCAUUGUAACCGUGGGUGUCAUGGAUUUUGAGAGUGAGGAGGUUCACAUCUACAUGGUUACGACAAGACCGUAUAGUGUUCAGAGCUUGAGGGCUCACACCUUAAACACAACAGCUGUUCAUCUAUUUUGGAUGGAACCACUGGAGCCCAAGGAUGAAUAUAAAUAUCGGGUUCAGACGACAGGCUGUGGUUCCGGAAACAAAACUGUCACACAAGAAGCGGCACAGAUGUCAGAGCUCACUCCUGGGACAGAAUGCACUUUCUGUGUUUUUGUCAUCGCAGUGAAUGGCAUUGAAGGGGACGGAAACUGCAUGUCGCAGUACACCAAGCCUGAGUCAGUCCAACCCAGUAUCUCCAGCCAGGGCUCCAACAGUUCAGUCCUGGUGUCAUGGAGCAGACCUGCUGGGAAUGUGGAUUUUUUUAAGGUUUAUCUAAACAGCACUCUUUCGAAUUUAACGGAGCAACUUCUAAAUCCGACCAGUACCUUCUCUGAAUUUGAAGGUCUGUCUGCAGGAACACUUUACACGGCCAGGGUAAUCACACAUAGUGGACCCUUUAAUGUAUCAUCAGGAUUCAUCACCAAUGCAACGUUCCCUAACCCUCCUGGGUCGAUUGAGGUCCUGACAAAGACGGCCAGUACCAUUGAAAUUAGAUGGGAGGAGGCUCCUCUGAUGACAGGUGUAUCAUUCUUCUACAAACUGACUCACACACCAUCCCAGGGAAAUGGAUCUGUCACUACCACCAACACCACUCACACUUUUCACUCCCUGAUCUCUGGGGUGUAUUACAACAUCUCCAUUAUAACAGUGGGUGUAAUGGAUUUUCAGAGCAAGGAGGUACAUCUCUACAUGGUUAAUACAAGCAGACUAGAUGUGGGGUCGGUUGUGGCCCGAAUGACACAAGAAGACAAAAUCACCGUCAAGUGGGAAAAACCUGGCGAUUACCAGGGAGGAUACCAUUACAUUUUGACUUGGCACAGUGAAGCUGGGCUCAGAAAUAUCAGAAAUAUUACAACAAUGCAAACUGAGUAUACCAUCGAUGACCUGGAUCCUGGCAGCCAAUAUUACUAUAGCGUCACCCCAGACAUCGUUAUGGGAAGCUAUGGUGUCACAACACGGAAUUCCAGCUGCACAAAUGCAGCCCAAGUGAAAAACCUUACAUGUGAAGGUCCAAACAAACCAAAGGCGGAAAUCAUCCUGUCCUGGACCAAACCCAGGGGUAGAAACUCUGGAUUCCAGGUCACUGUGAACAAUAGCAAGACCACAAUCUCCUUUCUCAAUACUACUGUGUCCAAUCUUCGCCACCAUACUAAAUACAAUCUAACUGUAGUGACUCUGAGCUGUGGACAGCCCAGCACACCUGUGUCUCAAGACUGUUCGACAGGCAUUACAGAUCCACCCAUUCCACCUCACUAUGAGACACUGGUGGAUGUUGUUAAAACGGAACACAAAAGGUUCUCCAUUGAGAUUAACAGAGAGCUGCUGGAUAACAACAAUGGACCAGUCACACAUGUUGGGGUGCUGAUGACCAAAAACCCUGCAGAUAACACUUCUGACUUGAGAACAUACUUGGGGAACACGUAUGAUCAAUGGAAGGCAGAACAGACUCCAGUCUACCUGGCAACAGUGACUGAGAUCAACCCCCAGCUCCGCAGUAUACAGGACCAAUUGAGCAUAGAAGUUGGAGAUGAAAUUGAAUGGGAGGGCUACACCAAUGGACCUCUUGAUAGCAGUAGAAUAUACCAAUAUGCCAUUGUGUUGUUCACCAGUCUGAAUUUGCAAAACCGCCUUGUGAAUUACCAAGAGUCCCUGGUCUCAAUCACAAACUUCUAUCCUGCUGUUACACUCCCAUCAAACCCAGCAGCUGUCACUGCCAUCGCUGUCGGAGUAACCAUGGGUAUUUUUUCUGUGUUGUUCAUCAUCCUCGUUGGCUUCAUUAUCUACUGGAAAAGGAUGUACAAGAAGGAAACACCAGAGAUCGAGUUUCAGUCCAUGAGAUCCAAAGCUGUACCUAAGUGCUUUUCUGAACAAAACUCAUCUGCCAUCUUCCCUCCUGGUGGUCGUCUGAGCAGAAGUAUAUCUGUGAGGAUCGAGGACUAUGAGGCCUACUUCAGGAAGCAGAAAGCAGACUCCAACUGUGGCUUUGCAGAAGAGUUUGAGGACCUGAAGCUUGUUGGCACAAGUCAGUCGAGAAUAAGUGCUCUGACCCUGGAGAACAAGGCUAAGAACCGCUACAACAAUGUGCUUCCAUAUGACUGUUCUAGGGUGAAACUCUCUAUUAUCCAUGGAAGUCCAUUUGACGACUACAUCAAUGCUAACUACAUGCCGGGUUUCAACUCCAGGAAGGAGUUCAUAGCAGCUCAGGGUCCUCUGCCUGCCACAGUCGGGGAUUUCUGGAGGAUGAUAUGGGAGAAGAACGUACAGACCCUGGUCAUGCUGACACGCUGUAAUGAACAGGGACGAGUAAAAUGUGAGCAGUACUGGGGUCCUGGCACCAAGCACUUUGAAAACAUCACUGUGACAACAACCUCUGACAUACCACUUGAAGACUGGACCAUCAGGGAAUUUGAAGUUAAAAACGUGAAAACUAUGGAGACCCGCUCAGUGAGACAGUUCCACUUCACAGCAUGGCCAGAUCAUGGCGUACCAGAAACCACCGAGCUCCUCAUCGGCUUCAGACAUCUGGUCAGAGAACACAUGGACCAAUACUCCAAACACUCGCCCACUGUGGUCCACUGCAGUGCUGGUGUUGGACGCACAGGCACCUUCAUAGCCAUAGACACUCUGAUCUUCCAGAUUGAGAGGGAAAAUGCUGUGGACAUCUUCGGCACCGUCCAUGAGCUGCGUAUGCACCGGACCCUUAUGGUGCAGACGGAGGAUCAGUAUGUGUUCUUAAACCAGUGUGCCAUGGACCUCAUCAAGUCAAGAACUGGAACCAAUGUGGAUCUAAUCUACCAAAAUGCCGCUGCAUUCCCCAUUUAUGAGAACAUAGACCCCAAAAAAGGUCAUAACAAAAACGGGUACAACAAUAAUUAGGCCUCCAAAACUGCUCAGGUCGUCUACUUCCUCCUGUGCUCUUUGCACAAAACUGAGCAAACAUUUGUAAAGGGAUUGCUUUUAAUAGAUUUAGCUGUAUUUAUUUUUGUACACCUGUCUUUAUGGACCUUGUAACUUUCUGGAUUCAAACGUGCCAUUUCUAUUGUAUUUAUUUCUUUAAUAUAUUGAAUGUUGGAUGAAGAAGAGAAUUGUAUGUGGAGACGAUCACUGUACAAAGACUUGUGGUUUAUUUGUAAACUUCUGUCUUAGAUUCUUUCCCAUAAGUAAAUACUUUUGUUUUGCUCAGUUGUAAUUUAUUUCCUUUUGCUUACUACUGUAUGUGAUUUACUGUUGAUUACGUUUUUCAGCUCAGGUAAUAUGUUGGAUGCAUGCAAAGGCAUAUUACAAUCCGAGUGGCUAUGUGAAGGAAUGCUGGCAUAAAUACUGUGUACCUUUUUAAAAACAUGUGCACUUAAAUACCACUAGGUGGCAUUCUUCUAUUUUGUUUUUGGAAAGAAAUAAUCCAAAAGAAAAUCAUGAACUGUUUUACCUCCUUAUGGGGCCCUUAAAAUGUGUUUUUUUUCUUCUUCGGUUUAUCAUAGUUUGUUGACAUUUGUCAGAUUGUACAGCAUUUUUUUGCACAUUUAAACCAAUUUGAACUGUGCAAUGACUGUUAAUGGAACGUUAGUUGUUAAUUGCUGAAGAAUACUUUAUAUGUGUGUGCACACUGUAGCAAAUAAUGCACUGGAUGCAUUUGUCUCCAUAUACUGUCCACUUUUUUUUUUUAAUGUGAUACUAUUCUCUUAUGAGUAUCCUCAACUAUUUUAGCUCAUGCAUCGGAUUCGUCUUAACCUUAUCAUUUUCAGUUGCAAGAAAAAGCUCAGGAAGUCAACAGUGGACAUUUUAUUUUGAAAUGUAGAUAAUCCAUUGUGCAUCAGUGUGUAGUCUGAUGAAGCCAAAGGUCACAUUCAUUAUUGUCAAUUUUUUUUUUUAUUACAUUAUAAAUGUAUAAUAGAAACAGAGACACUUCCUGUGAUAUUGAUAUCACCAGAGGAGCAGAAACAUUAUGUUCUGCUUCCAAAGGGUCUAACUUUUCUAAGGUAACUGAUAUGUCCAGUUGUCCAGACGCCUUUUUUUUGGAACUCCUCUUUUAUUUGUUUUAUAUCGUAAUGUACUUUGUAACAUUUAAAAGCACAUUUUGAAUUUAAGGCAUUUAUUUUAACUUUGUAUUUGAUAUGCUUUAUAAGAUGCUUGCUGGUACAAUGCAAAAGAAAUGCAAUCUGAGUAAGGUUUUUAAUAUUUGAAUAUCUGUCUGUCAAACAAAAUGGCAUUAAAGAUGUUUU